ACCGCCCCGCGCGUCCCCGAGGCCCCGCCGCGCGGGUGGCCCGGGCAGGACGACUCGGGGCGCGGGCCAGCCUCACCUUGCGGAGGAGCUGAAGGCUAGGCAGAAGAAGGCACUGCACAAAAAGCUGGUCCACAUCCCUGGCAGGGAUCAGACCGCCUCCGCGCUGCUGAAAGCUGACCCAGGCACAGAUCAGGAGGGCAGUUCGUACAGAAGCUGCUGUCGGUUUCUGCCUAGUUUACAAUGUCUUUUCACGCGGGACAGCGGAUCUCUCUCUUCAGAUGCAGUGGUGUGAGUCGUGGUGUUGGACUCGCAGUGGACACCUGACAAGUCCCCCCCGGGGUGAGGGCCUCGUCCCUGUCAUCGGCACACCUGACUCAGAGCACAGACCCGUCACCGGGACACGCUGACCUGCCUGCCGACUCACGCGUGGCUCUUGGCGGUCUUCAGAAUGCUUGGAGACUCCUCUCCAGUUUCUUCUCAAAGAGCCCUCAUAAAGGGUGUUGCCUGCAAAUGGCCUGAGUUCCUCGUUACCAUUAAGUUAAAGAAGAAAUCCUCACACCCAGCUGCUGAAAACCUUAUUCAUUAGUGGCAUUUAGAGCAGAGCAGGUGGCCCAGGAGAAGGGAGGCUCUAGCCAGUGAUGAGUGGCCGCGUCCCGCUGGCAGAGAAAGCUCUGUCUGAAAGCUACGCCCGGCUCCGGUACCGGGACACUUCCCUGCUCAUCUGGCAACAGCAGCAGCAGAAGCUGGCCUCCGCACUGCCCGGGACGUACCUGAGCAGGAGCCGAAGCAUGUGGUACUCACAGUAUGGGAACGAGGCCAUCCUUGUCCGGGACAGAAACAAGCUGGAUGUCUCACGGGACACAGGGCAGUCCAAGUUUUGUUCUGUAAUGUGACUCUGGGGUGAACAUCUGAGUGCAGGCACCAGGCUGCCUUGCUGACCCCCCAGCCCUCACUGGGAGAUUCUGACAGGGAAUGUGAAGGUUGAGCUGUGAUAGAACCCCCGAACCCCAGAGGUGGCACCUCGCCCGCCCACUGUCGGGGUGAUGGGCGGACUUCUGGACCCCAUCCUGAGCCUGCAGGCACCGCAGGCCUGGCUAGAUGCUGUCUUGGUCAUGCUUCCAAAUAAGUCACGCGAGAGAUACCCCAGGUACAAACAACCUUUUCACAUUCUUACAGGUUGUCUCUAGUAUUCCCUUCUGCCUGGUAAACAAUGGGUCAAAUCUAAAAAAAGAAAAAAGAAUUGGCGUCAUGUAGGAUUGGAAAUCCAUUGGCAGGACCACAGUGGUUUUACUCUAAACAGGUCAUUGGCAGCAGCAUUUCAGCAAGAACUCUGUGGCACUUGAGUUUGAGUCUAGUUACCAAAACGAUCAUUGCCCACGAUGCACCGUGAUGGCUUCUACGCUAGCUUCCUGAUGCUCGGGGCUGUGGGCAAAGGCAUCCGAAAAAAUUAGGUAGGGAAACCCCCAAUUAUGAAGUUACACCUCAGGUUUAAUCACAGAGCUGAAAUAGGCAGGUUCUCAGCCGACAGCAGCCCAGCCUCUGCUCCGGGGCUGUAGCCUCCCCCCGCCCCCCCGCCGGCCACCUGCAAUGUUUGCUGUGUGUCGGGCCCCACCCCCACCCCCCGUGUGGGCAAGUUCAUGAGUCAGUUUAAAGGGAUUUGCUGUAAUUAAAGUCCAUGUGGCGAGGCGAAUGCCAAGGUGUCUUGAAGCUGAAUUUUCUUUUUAAAUAAAUCUUCAGGCAGCUCCUUCA